CAACAGAUUUUUUGUUUUCCUAUGUUUCUGAUGGAUAUAAAACAUUACGAGGUUUACAGGUAACCGAUUACAGUUAGUGCUGCAUUAUGGAUACGGAAAACAUCAAAGUUGCUGUUCGCCUACGACCAUUUAACUCAAGAGAAAAAGAACGAAAUGCUACUCUUGUUAUUAAUAUGAAUGGCAGUGAGACAAGAAUCACUGACCCUAAAAAUGCAGAAAGUGUUCACAAAUUUAAUUUUGACUACAGUUAUUGGUCUCAUGAUGGCUUCAAAGAAGAAGAAAAUGGUUAUUUUUCUCCGGAUCCAAGCCACCCCAACUGCAACAAAUAUGCUGAUCAGAAAAAAAUUUUUGAUGAUCUUGGUCUUGGAAUCCUUCAUAAUGCUUGGGAAGGAUAUAAUUCAACAAUGUUUGCUUAUGGACAAACUGGGUCCGGCAAAAGUUGGUCGAUUGUUGGGUAUGGAAAUAAUAAAGGUAUUGUGCCACAGUUCUGUGAGAAACUGUUCGAAGAGAUUGAAGAGAAGAAACAAGAUCCAAAUAAUGCAACUGAUUAUCAGGUGAUAUGCAGUAUGUUAGAGCUUUAUAAUGAGAAGAUACGUGAUCUUUUAUCAUCAACAAAAAACGAGAAUCUGAAAAUAUGUCUUCACCCUUCUCAUGGUUUCUAUGUGAAAAACUUGCAACAAAUUCCUGUCAAGAAUUUUGAAAAAAUCAAAGAACUUAUGAAUGUUGGCACCACUAAUAGAACUGUAGCAGCAACAAAUAUGAAUGCAACCAGCAGUCGUGCACAUACCAUGUUUGGUAUAACAUUCACUCAAAAGUUUGAAAAUACAGCUGGAACUAUGUCUGAAAAGUCAGCUAUGAUUAAUCUAGUUGAUCUUGCAGGAAGUGAACGAGCUUCUAGUACAGGUGCAACAGGUGACAGACUUAAAGAAGGUGCUGCAAUUAACAAGUCACUCUUUACUUUAGGUAACUGUAUAUCUGCCUUGGCCAAAAAGGCAAAUGGAGGUAACAUUAAAGUUCCUUACAUGGAUUCUGUACUUACUAAAUUACUGAAGAAUGCUCUUGGAGGAAAUAGCAAAACUAUUAUGGUUGCUGCUGUGAGUCCAGCUGAUAUCAACUAUCAAGAAACCUUAUCAACUCUGAGAUACGUUAAUCGAGCCAAAGAAAUUAAAACAAUGGCUAAAAUAAAUGAAAGUGAGACAGAUGUCUUGAUACGCAAACUAACUGAGGAAAUCGAACAAUAUAAGACAAUGAUGAAGUCUGGAAAUAUUCCAAUGAUGUCAGACACUGCUGAUCUCACUGAGGAGGAAAAACGGGAACUAAGGAAAGAAAUUGAAGAGGAAUAUAGCAACAUUCUUGAUGAAAACAAUCGAAGAAUUGAUGACAUCAGAAAAACCUAUGCUGAACGUUUAAAGGAGGCAGAAGAACGAGCACAUCAACCAGCUGAAAUGAGAAAGGCCAUGGUACAGAAGAAAAAAACAGUUCCUUAUAUUUAUAAUUUAAAUAUGGAUCCACAGUUGACUGGACAUGUCUUUUAUUUUUUUGAGAACUCUCCUAUUUCUGUUGGUAAAGAUGUAGAAAAUGCAAUAUGCUUAAAAGGCCCAAGCAUUGCUGGAAAACACGCAUCUAUAUGUCAAAAUAAAAAUGACUGGACUAUUGAACCAACAGACAGCAAUGUUCGACUGCUUGUAAAUGGUGUGCAAGUUACCAGCAAGACUAUUUUACAUCACAAUGAUCGAAUAGUUUUUGGUACAACACAGUAUUAUGUUAUGGUACAUCCAAAAAAGUCAGCACGGGACAAGACAGCUUAUCCAGAUAUAACAUUUGCAAUGGCCCAGAAAGAAAUUGGCAUUCAUUCUGGAAUAGAUAUGAAUACUUUACUGGAAGAAGAUUUGCUUGAGAUGCUACCAGCCAUUGAAGAAGUUAAUGCCAUCAGUAAAGAGCUUGAUGCAAAGAAAGUGUUUUCUUUAAUGCUUAAUAAUCAAUCUGAGGUUCAAGUACAGGUUACAGACACUGAAAGUGAUAUUGAAUGGAUUUGGUCAAGGCAGGAAUUUCUUAACCGUAAAUACAUCAUGCAAGAGGUUUAUCAACAAUUCAUUACUGGAGAAAAUUGGAAACUUCCACAAGACAAAGACCCUUUUUAUGAUGAUCCAACUACUCCUUAUCUGAUUGGUUCAGUUGAAAUUUUUUUGAAAUCAUUGGCUCAUGGUAUUGAUACUAAACAAGUUUCAGAUAUCAUAGAUUGUUCUGCUCGUAAAGUUGGAACUAUAGAGGUGCAUCUCAUUCCUUGCGGUGAAGACUCUAAAGACUUGAUUGAUAGUGAGGAAAGUUUUUUUUCCGAACCAGAGGAACGUCUGAAUAAAAACUUACAUUUCAAAAUUAAAAUCUUACAAGCUUAUGGCUUAUCAAACCGUUUCACAGACAUGUACUGCUCUUUUAAAGUAUAUCUAGGUGAAACAGAACACAAAACUGAUAAGAUUUCAGGAACAGUGAAUCCAAAAUGGAAUUUUUCUAAGAUGUUUUCAUUUAAAAUGGUGACAAAACAACUUAUUGAUUACUUGACCUCUGAAACAAUUACCAUAAAGUUAUGGGGAUGUCAUAGAAGUUCCAAGAAAGACAAUGACAUGACACAAGUUCCUUCAAUAAGUGAACCAGUCCAACAAUCAGAAGAUAUUGAGCCAAGAGCAAAUCAGGCAAAAUUUUUAAUGGAACUUCAUAUAUUAAAGAGAAAACAAAGAAAACAGGAAACAAAACUGGAUGCCAUAAAACAGAUGAUUGAAUUAGCAGAAAAACAUGAGAAAACGAAGCUCUCUUUAAAGCUAAUAAAAAGUUUAUUUGAAUCAACAACUCAACAGGAGAUAGAUGCAAAUCUUCAGUUGAUUUCACAGGAGAAAGAUGAUGAUCAUGGCAGUACAUCCAAAUCUUUAACUCAUGCAGAUAAAAUCUCCAGUUCUAAAGUAUCUAUUCGUGAUCUGAGAAUAGAAAAUACUAAACCUGUAAAUAAUUCAAGUUCAUGUGAAAUUAUUUAAAGUAAAAUAGAAGAGGAAAUUUUGAAGUUUUUGAUAUAUGAACUGAACUAUUUUUACAAUAUCCAGCUGAAAUUAUUUUUCUCAAAUGCAUCAGAUAUGUCAAUUCAUCUAU